AUGGCUAAACCAAAUCCCACAGGUUACCGCUCUUCUUCCGUUGCGCGCUGGCUCGAGCUGGUCCCGCUGUCUUGUCCUGAUUGGCAGGCUCAACACCAAGCUUCCUCUACCCCAGACUCAUGGGCCUUGGGCAUCAUGGCUUCAGGCUCCGUGGGAGACCCAUGGGAUUGGUCCGUGGAUAGGAUUGUGCAAGAGCUGUGCAAUCCUGAAAAGAGAUCAUGGACACCCCGCUCUCGCAAUCUGACUGUCGGCGACCCUGUCUUGAUGGAAAGAAUCAUCAGAGAGCAGGAAGUCGAUGGCUCGACGCUUCUCACGAAUGUCAAUCACGAUUUUCUGGAGAAACACGGUGUUAAGGCUCUCGGACGCAGAGUUUUCGUACUUGACGCAGUUGACAAAUUCAGGCAGCUGAGUGCUGAAUACCAGAAAUUGACGACGGAGAUCCCAACAAGAAUCAGAGAGAGCGCCGAGCUCGUCUCCGCAGCCCUCCUGCCACUUCAACAAGCCCUUUUCGGACUGGAAGCCGGCCCCACGGGAAGUCUGAUACAACCUGCGCCGCAACGAAACCACAACUUGCGUACCCCAACUGAGAUUUUCGAUACAUACUCCGAUGCCGAACUGCGGCAACUCCUUGCUGCCCAACCAUCCUCAAAACUCGAACAGUUGAAGGCCGCUAUCGAAGCUGCACAACUUGAUGGGCCUUUGGCUUCUCAAAACCAGCUCUCACGAGGACCUCCCUCAACUCAGAUGGGGCCUCCAGAACGACCCAAUGUUAUCGAGGACGCAAACCAGACAUCUCAAGACACAACCUUGGUCCCAGAAGAACCUAGUAGCAAGAGACAGAAGCUUGACGACACAUUUGCCGGUACCGCACUCCAUGACGAAGAGAUUGCGCACGGUUUGGAAUUUACUGCUACUGAUCGCGAGGAAGACCUUUUGCGCGAGGCCCGAGAUGAAACUCCCAAGUCCGGCCUAAAUCCUGAGCCUGCCUCACCAAGCAGUAGCAACAAGAGAAAGCGUUCCAACUCCCCUGCAGAACAAGAACCUCUCGCCAACGUCGACAACGAUCAACAGGAGGCCCCUCGGAUUGCAAUCCUUUCUACUCAAGCUAGCAAGAAGCGCGUUGCUCCGAGCUUCCUUGGUCCCAAUUCUGCGCAAAGAACUGCUGAUUAUGAAAAGGCUAAGGCUGAAGAUCUUGCUUUGCGUGGCGCUUCAAGCGACCAAACUGCAGUAUCAACAUCUGUGAUUCAGGAUGCUUCAGAAGUCGAGAUUGGCAUUGAGCUCGCUCAAGCCUCAAGUCAGCAUAGCCAUAUCGAGCCCGAUUCUACACCCAUUCAAGAAGAUGGCGAUGAUUCCCAUGACAUCAGUCAAGAAGUUGAAGCUUCCCAUGAUCGAGCAGAGGAGCAGGUUGUCGGAGCUCUUGCUAGAUCCGAGCAUAGCCAGAUGAACCAACAACAUCCAACACGGCAACAAGUGCAUCUUAACAACCUUUCAACAAUUGUCACGGGCGAUAAAGAGAACCGACCGUCCAGCAGUGGCACCAAUCAGCGACAGGAACUGGUUUCCAAGAAGAUUGCUAGGUCUUUCUAUCUGCCAAAAACCAAACUUCAUGUCGAUGACAUCUUCUAUGAAGGCACAGCUGUUGGUGAGGAUUUGACCAACCCUGAAGCAAGUACUGAAAUUAUGAUGUUACCUUGCAACGUUCCUCCCAGCCACCGGACCUACGUUCAUAGAUGCAUGAAGUCGUUCUUGCGCUAUAAGCCUCAAGAAUUCGAGAAUGCGACAGAGCAGUUCACCGUCGUUCGGCCUUAUCGUGACAGCCUUCUAGACGCGUCAGUCACUGUGCUACGACCAGAACCCUCUUGCACGGUAUUUUAUACAGAUGACGAAGGCGAGGUUCAUGCCGAACGAGGUCUGGUACCUGCAAUCAAGGAGCUCGAGAAGCGUGAGCGUGCGGAACGAGCCAGUCGAAGAAUGAGUUCUCGUCUCUAUGGCUGGCCUGGCCCGGCGUCUGGGAAAGAUCUGCCUUUUGAGACGACUUAUCGGGGUUUGAUGAAGCCAAAAUCCGUGAGAAAAGGCCAAGGCGAUGCAAAAUUCUUCGCAGGCUCUUUCGAAGCUCUCGACCCCGACGAAUACUAUGACAAGCUGGCCGAGAAGUAUGAAGUCGCACCAGAAAAGGACAAACUCUUAGCUGUCUACGGUGAAUCAGACUCAGAAGAUGAUUAUGACGAGCAAACUUGGAAGGAAAUAUGCCAAGAGGCUGGGGAAGAAGCUAUGAAGACCGUGCGCCAAUUGAGAAAGCAAACACAGAAGUCAAUCCUUCCUGAAGAAAUCAAUCGAGUGAUCGAUGAUGCUCUGGCAGUUUUCAAGUCACGGUGGGAGUCGAAGAAGCUGCCGAAACUUCAGCGAAAGGCAUGGUAUCUUUGGACCAAGGCUCGUAAAGAAGGAAGCAAAAAUGAACAGAUCCUCCUAGAACAAAGAGAUCUUGAUCACGAUUCCAACCGACUUGAAGAGUGGCGCAAAGAUUUCAUGUCUCAAAGUUGGUCAAGCAAGUCUGAGCUUCGCAGAGUUUGUGGAGCCCUGGAGCAUACCGUGUUUGGCAUCAACAAGACAAGAUGGAUGAUUUCAACUCUUCAGGCCAAGACUGCCCCGGCCAAACCAGACAAGAACUCGUCACUUCGCGAGCGUAAGCAACAAAGUACUAGCGACGAAGAGGGAGAGGCAAUAAAUAGUGAUAGUGAGGGCGAAGACCUUGACGAUUCAGAAGAGGACUUGAGUGACUUCGUUGUAUCCGAUGAGGAAGACCUACCAGAUGCCGAUGUUGAAGACGAGCAGGACCAAGAACAACAAGCUGGCAUUUUAGCACACCCCAGUCCUGAUCGUUCCAGCCCCGAAUAUUCCACUAGUCCUGUGGCAGACCCUGACACUCCAAGCAAAAGCCUCCAAGCUUCGAUCGAAGCACCACGUGCCUCUGGCCGCCGUCGCUUGGCCGAUGAUAUCUUCUCAAGCCCACCGAACGACAUGAGCACACCAAUCAAGAUCAGAAUGUCAACACCAUCGAGAUCGAAGGACACCUCUGAUCUGUUUGAGGAUCAUAUAGAUCUCACGAUGACAUCCCCAUCCGUUAUUGACCUUGUUACCCCCGAGAAGUCGGAAGUGGACGCCAAAUUGAAGAAGUCUCAGGUGUAUAAGAAAUCGAGAUCUACGCCAACUUUGAAACUUAGAAAUCCAGACUCUCCUUUCCGGAACUCAAGAUCUGACACGCCUGUUCUUGGCAAUAAUACAAUGCCAGAUCUGGACAAUUUACCUCCUUUUGAUGAUCCCGCUGCCAUCAACAGAUAUAGCCAUGCAGUAUGGACUAAAUUGCUUGAUGCAGACCGUCUACUGAUCAAGGUCUUCUUCAACAUGGCCCCUGCUCCGAGAGCCAAGCUUUUCCGUUACAUCGCCACACAUGGUUUUUCUGAAAAGAGCCAAAACAAAUUCUUGACGAGAAUGAAGAAGGUCGUCAACGCGAUGAAUACUGGAAUGAGUAGCGUAGCGAGUAUGGAGCAGGAUGAUUUCGACAUUUUCACCCGGUUCAUCGAACUGUUUCACAUUUUCAUCAAGGGCCAUAAUGGUGUAUAUGAACCUCUUAGCCCAUUUCCUAGCAAAGAGGAGAGGCUGAAGAUGCUAGUCAAUGUCUUAGAUGGCGCAGAAAAAUUCUUCUUCUCCUUUUGGAAGCUUUGUUCCAAGAUGGAGGAGUUCUUCAGCAGCUAUCAACAAACAUCAGCACCGACUACUCCUUCGCAGCCCCCACGCCACGAAAAGAUCAAGGAGCUAUUAUAUUCUAGCGAAAUUGAAGAAGAUGACGAUCUUCCCCGCUCGUCUGUCAAGCGUCGUCGAGAUACCACUAUGAGCACUAGUGAAGCGCUUGAAUCCGAGGUAUCUUCGCGUCUCAAGCGCAAGAAGAAAGUCCACGAAGACGUUUCUGCGCGAGAUCGCCGCGAAGCAGACAAGGCACGUCAAUCCCAACAAGAAGAACGUCGCAAGAAUCUACAAGAGAGGCUUGUUAGGUCUGGUCGAACCGAAGAUUUAGAUCUUGCUCGCCUCGUGAUCAAUGCAACAGAUGAUCAGGAUAGCUCCAUCCGAGUUCAUAGUCAUAUUGCUGGGAGCAUCAAGCCACAUCAGAUCGAGGGCGUGCGAUUCUUGUGGAACCAGAUUGUUACUGUUGGCGAAGAAGAGUCAAUGCAAGGUUGCUUGCUGGCACACACUAUGGGACUUGGCAAGACUAUGCAAACAAUAACUCUUCUGGUAGCCAUCGCCGAAGCAGCUUCCAGUAUCAAAGAGUCUAUUUCCAGCCAGAUCCCCAAGAGCCUUCAGGUAUCAAAGACCUUGAUUUUGUGUCCUCCCUCUGUACUCGAUAAUUGGCUUGACGAAAUCUUGACAUGGGCUCCCCAAGAUAUCCUCGGUGAAAUCCGCAAAGUUGAUACCUCCAUCCAGAUGCCCGAACGUCUCCAGGUAAUCGCGGACUGGUACGAGGAUGGUGGCAUUCUGUUGAUGGGAUACCGCAUGCAUUCCCUGAUCAUGGAAAACAAGAAGAAGACUAUUGAGGCUGAAGAUCAUGAAAUGGUCAAACGACAUCUGACAGAAGGCCCUAAUAUCGUGGUUGCAGACGAGGCACACAUGUUGAAGAACUCUGAAGCUGGAGUAACCAAAGCCGCCCAGGAGUUUCGGACGAAGAGUCGUAUUGCACUCACAGGAUCUCCUUUGGCAAACAAACUCGAAGAGUAUUACGCGAUGAUCAAUUUCGUGGCGCCUGGCUAUCUUGGACCUUCCACUGAAUUUAAGUAUAAAUACGUCGAUCCAAUCGAGCUUGGACUAUACGAAGAUAGCAGCAACUCUGAGCGUCGAAGAUCACUCAAGAUGCUCAAAGUCUUGAACGAAGACCUUGCUGCAAAGAUAAACAGAGCCGAUAUGUCCGUACUCAAGCAUGAUCUACCACCGAAGAAGGAGUUCGUCAUCACCGUACCAUUGACAGAACUCCAAAAGAAAGCAUAUACUUUGUACGUCCGGUCGAUGCUUCAAGGUAAUGCUUAUUCGACGACCAAAUCCGGAGAUAUCGCUCAAACUACCAUAUGGCACUGGCUCGCGAUUUUGUCACUCUUGUGCAAUCACCCAGCUUGUUUCAAGGCUAAGCUGCUUGAACGUAAGGAGGAUGCGCGAAAGACUCUUAUCUCAGUCAAUGGAAACAGUGAUUUAGGAGACGGCAUAGAGGCUGAUGCUGUGGACGUCAAUGCGCCACUCUGGAAGGUUGGCGUUUCGGCAAACCUCAUCGCAGAAGAGAUGGGUCUCUUUGAGAAGGAAGUCCCUGAAAUCGAUUCUAUCGAUCUCUCAUACAAAGUGACAAUCAUGUGUCAGAUCUUAGAUGCUGCCAAAGCCGCAGGAGAUAAAACCUUGGUCUUCUCAGAAUCGAUCCCGACUUUGGACUAUCUGACGAACCUCUGCAAGAAACAGGGCAGAAAUUAUGCCAGACUUGACGGCAAGACCAAGAUGGGCCGCCGACAGCAAAUGACCAAGGACUUUAAUCAAGGCGCGACAGAUGUCUACCUGAUCUCGACAGGAGCUGGUGGGCUUGGAUUGAACCUCCAAGGCGCGAACCGUGUUAUCAUUUUUGAUUUCAAAUUCAAUCCCACCAAGGAAGAGCAAGCUGUUGGCAGAGCAUACCGAAUUGGCCAGAAGAAAACUACAUACGUCUAUCGCUUUGUCACCGGCGGCACUUUUGAGACAUCUAUACACAAUAAGACUGUCUUCAAGAUGCAGUUAGCAUCAAGAGUUAUCGACAAGAGGACUCCAGUCGCUUACGCCAAGAAGAGCCUUGGCGAUUAUCUGUACGAGCCAAAGGAUGUUCCUCAGUUGGAUUUAUCUGAAUUCCAGGGUAUGGAUCCAGAGGUACUCGAUAAGAUAUUGGCAACUCAAGGACAGAUGUCAACCAUUCGUGGCAUCGUACAGACCGAUACAUUCGAGCGCGAUGACAAUGAUAAACUCACAGCCGAGGAAGAAAAGGAGGUCAAGCUUCUUCAGUUGGAGGCGAAGUUGCGUCGUUCUGAUCCAAACAAAUAUCAAGAGAUGCAGCGAAAACAAAACGACGUGAAGUUGCGCCGUUCUGACCCGGGCAGAUAUCAAGAUGUGCAGCGACCACAGUCCGAGACGAACUUGCGCCGUUCUAACCCAAACAACUACCAGCGACAACGCCAAUCCCCAGCUCCUCAAGUUGCGCCAUAUCUAGGAACAGUUGCCGGUCCAUCGAUCUCAUAUGCAUAUGCAUCUCCAUAUCAAAAUCAAGCUCACCGUCAGUCAAAUGUGUCAGCAAAUCAAGAUCACACGUUUGGUCCAAACAGCAAGACAAGUGCUCAAGGUAAUGGGACUUCGUUAGUCAACAAGGAAACUCGAAUCAUACCUCCAUUGACUCAAGUACCGAAAGUCGCUACUCCAAUCGGCAAUUCCACAGUAACAGCUCCUGGGCAGGCACCCACGCAAACUGAAGCUCAAGUGGAUGCGCAAUCGCUGCCGCCUGCUUCUAACACCACAUCUGUUGUUUCUGCUUCCGGUCGAAACAGCACACUAAAAAAACUCGUUCGCACAGAUGCGCCUGGAGGACCGUCGUCCCCUAUCCUCGGCGGCUCUACACAACGAGAGAAGUCUCAAAGCUCUCCAUCUCCAGUGCCGGGCGUUUCAGGUCGUCCAGUUCAUAAAGUCACCGAGAAGAAGCCCAUGGUCUCAAUGCAGCAUUUUCUGUUAGCGGCAAUUGAAUCCAUUGAGAACUAUCCACUAUCUCAUCAGGAGGCAUACACGAAGGCGAACGAGAUCCAGAAAUUUAUCCACGCCAAGCUUGCCGGACUCAGAGACCGUAUGAUUCUCAAGCGCGCAGCUUACGAUGCGCUCAAGAACGACCCCCAGUCAUGUCGACAAAUCGUGACCUCCGAGUUGAGUGUUGAAGAUUUUAUUCGACCUCUGAUGAGCUUCCUAGACCAGCCGGCACCCAGCUCUUCGAGCAGCAACGGACAGAUUGAAAAUGAACAAGUAUGCGUCCCCGAUUCUUCCUCGCUUUCUCCAGAGUUGCAGCAUUCUUCCUCUACGGCAGAAGUCUUGAAGUCUCAGAUUGAAGUCAAUAAGGACUCUGCCUCAACAAUUACUGGUCCACAGUCACCUAGCAAUGUGCAGAUCCCCAAUCAAGCAUCUAGCUCUUCACAUGAAACAAGAAUUCAAUAUCCAUCUGAGCUGGACUUUGAUUCUUGGGAAACAAGUGCCCUCCGGACUUACCUGAAGGGCCACUUGGGCGGUGUUAAAGGUACCAGAGAAGACCUCCUUGCUCUCUGCAAAGAUUGGGAACAAGGAGAACUUACUGAAAGAGCUCAACAAAAUCAUCACAGCAAGCAGGUCUCAGUAGACGCUGGAGCUCGUUCUCCAAUCAGCGAGCCACUCCCCGCCAAGGAUUCUCUUUAUAGACAAAUGAUCAAGAAAUUCAUCGGAGAUCCAUAA